AGAGAGAGAGAGAGAGAGAGAGAGUGAAGAGAGGGAACACACGUAAAUGAAUUUGGUCCGUGCGUAUAAUGAAGGAUACAGGGUAGAACACGAUUGCCCUCUUUCAAUUUUCUUCUACUUCUUCGACUCUUCUACUCAAGUUAGUCUCCGCAAAUUCAAUAAUCAGCUCUCCCCUCAAUCUCUCUCUCUCUCUCUCAAGAAUGAUGAUAACCGGGGCUUCCUCUUCAUGUUCGACCUUGCAAGGCCUCGAUGACGUUGAAGAGUUCGUCGGGGGGAAUGAAGGAGAUUCAUCGUCAAUGAUGUCGGUUGAGCGGCUUUUUCAUGUUUCCGAUCUAAUGCAGAUGGGGAACCAAGCAUUCCGGGACAAUCGCUUCGAAGAGGCAGUCAAUUAUUAUUCCAGAGCUAAUACUAUUAAACCAGGCGAUGCUGUCAUUCUCAGCAACCGAUGUGGUGCUUAUCUGAGAUUUUGUCAAUUUCUGAAACACAGACCUCCCUCAGCUUCUGAACAUAAACCAUUGAGUGGACUGGAUCCUACAACACAUGCUGAACUUGCAUUAAAGGAUGCUGAGAAGGUGAUGUCAAUUCGAACUGAUUCUGUAAAGUCCUACAUUUUGAAAGCCAAUGCACUCAUUUUGUUAGAGAGAUAUGGGCUGGCCCGGGAUGUCAUUCUUUUAGGUCUUCAAAUUGAUCCUAUGAGCUAUCCUCUGUCAGUUUUGGAGAGAACAAUUGCCAGCACAAUUGGGAGGAGAAGCCAACCUGAGCGGACAGAUGACUUUGACUGCACUCUUUGCCUUAAGUUACUAUAUGAACCUAUUACAACUCCUUGUGGACAUUCCUUCUGCCGUUCAUGCCUGUUUCAAUCAAUGGACAGAGGUAACAGAUGUCCACUUUGCCGAACAGUUCUGUUUAUCAGUCCCAGAACAUGCGCAAUUAGUGUCACACUGAACAACAUAAUACAAAAGAACUUUCUUGAGGAGUAUGCUGAAAGGAAGCUGGAGCACGAUAGUUUGACAAACUAUGGAGCUGAUUUGCUGCCUCUUUUCGUCAUGGAUGUUAUCCUACCAUGUCAGAAGUUUCAUCUCAACAUUUUUGAACCCCGGUAUAGGCUUAUGGUCAGGAGGAUCAUGGAAGGGAAUAGACGUAUGGGAAUGGUUAUAACGGAUUCUGCUACUGGAUCCAUAGCCGAUGUUGCUUGUGAAGUGGAGAUUACUGAGUGUGAGCCACUUCCAGAUGGACGUUUCUUUCUAGAGCUUGAAAGCCGCAGGAGAUUCCGCAUCAUUCGUAAUUGGGAUCAAGAUGGGUAUCGAGUGGCUGAAGUUGAAUGGCAACAGGAUAUAUAUCCAUCAGAAGGGACAAGAGACAGACAAGAUUUACAGGAACUAACGAAUAAUGCUGCUGUAUUUGCUCUGGAAUGGAUAAGAAGGGCACGAGAGGCAGCACAGCAACGGCGAGAUAGAAUCAAAAGUCUGGAACUUGAUAAAGCGGAAUCGAUGAUGCCUACACCGCGGGAUCCUGAGCGCUACAGUUUCUGGCUUGCUACUCUAACAAGUCGGAGGCCAUCGGAAAGAUUGCAACUCCUUCGCAUGAGAGAUACAAAAGAGAGGAUGGCAAGGGCACUGAUUUAUAUGCGAUCUGAAGAACAAGGCUAUAGAGUGCAAUAACAAGAAAAACCUGUAGCAUAAUCCAUUACUUAAAAAUUAAUGAGGUAUCGUUGUAUUUAUUUAUAUACAGGCCCAUUCAAUAUUCUUUGAUCCACAAUUAAAAUAUAAAUGUCUAUCUGUAUUUUUUGAUUCUCAUGAUAAUGAUUGUGGAUCCUCAUGUAUCGCUGUAGAAACGAUUAACCCGAAAAUUUUGCAUUAUUAUAGUAUAAACAACCCCACAUUUUUGUCC